CCAGGUCACAACAAUGGCCGACACCAAUGUCCCAGUCCCUGGAGAGAUCUCACCUCUCACCGAGAUGCACUCAGAGACUAUCAGGUUUUUGAUGAUUAUAAUGAGCUACCAGGGACAAAAUAUCCAGUAGAGUUUUCAAAGUACUCCAUAAGAGCAUCUAUCAUCAUUAUGGCCUACCAAUGAGGUGCUUGUGAAGAUGGAAGGGGUCCAACCCCCGGAGGAGAACGUGGGAAACGUGCCGGGGCGGAGAUUCCAGAGGAACAAGCUAUUGCUGGUGGCCUCCGUCAUUCAGGGGCUGGGGCUGCUUCUGUGUCUCACCUACAUCUGCCUGCACUUCUACGCUUCUCAGGGGCCACCUCAGUAUCCUCCAAUACAAAGUAUCAGAGUACAGUUUACCAAAUGUGAGAAUGAGAAAGGUUUCAUCAUCACAUCCCCAAACAAGGAUGAAACCAUGAAGGUGCAAGACAACUCAAUCAUCAUCAACUGUGAUGGGUUUUAUCUCAUCUCCCUGAAGGGCUACUUCUCCCAGGAGCUCAGCCUCAGCCUUCAUUACCGGAAGGGUCGGGAACCCCUCUCCUCCCUGAGCAAGGUCACGUCUGUCAACUCCAUCGUGGUGGCCUAUCUGGCUUUCAAGGACAAAGUCUACUUGAAUGUGACCACUCACAAUACCUCCUGCGAUGACAUCCAGGUGAAUGGUGGGGAAUUGAUUCUUAUUCAUCAAAAUCCUGGUGGAUUCUGCGCCUACUGAGGACCUGAUGGCUGCACCUAAGCCAGGCACCAGCAUGAACACUGAGCUGGGGGUGAACAGAACACUGAUUCUUCCUUGGGAGUGGAGGAGUCAUCCCAGCUCAGCCCCUGUAUCUGGCCACACCGGAUGUGACCAGAAGCAGAUCCCCUCUCCCCUCCCACUCAGGGAUAUUUAAAACAUAUUUUACAUACCAGUUAACUUUAUUUAUCCUCAUGUCUUCUAAAUCACCUAGCCCUUAUCCCUCACAAUUGCCUCAAGCCUAUUAGGCACCUCUGUGAGAAUGAGAAAGUAGGUGCCACUUCCUUAAGAUGCAUUGCUUCUAUUGGUCAGGAAAUUGUUAUAAUAAACUUUCUUUUUCGAAAAAGACACUUGACUACCAUUUGCUGGAAAUUUGACAUCUGGCAUUGUCAAAAUGAAGAGGACCAAGGAGGGGGUUAUGAAUCUGCCAAAGGUGGUGUGGACCAAUCCCUGGCAGCCAAAAAUGCCUCUCCAAGAUGAAAUUGGUUGCACUUUGCAUAUUGCCUAAAUACUUCUCUCAUUUGGUGGAGUUCAAGAGGAAAAUCAGCUUGUGAACAGCUGUCAGGAAUUGAUGAAGUAGCCGGCUAAGGAAUACUCUGUGCUCUGGGGUUUUUUUCUUUACCACUUUGCUUUCACGGCCUCCAAAUGUUCUUAAUAGAAAUUUCCCUCCAAAGAACCAUCCUGGGGAUGUGAUGCUGCGAAAAAUCUAUUCAGUGAUCAAAGGAAAACCGAGAGAGAUUUUUCUAAUCUGGGAGAGUGAGAUAAUUUAUCGCUCAGGAGAGCCAUGAAACUGGACCUCUCAGAGUAAAAGUCAAUAAGGAUUUAAACAGUCUGGGGAGGAAAACAUAUUCUUUGCCAUGGACAGGCAAAUCAGCACCUGUGCAUCCUCCUGCUUGUGGUGAGAUACACACUCAGCCCCAUGCGUUGGACGCAUAUGCCGUAUUGCUAGUUUCAAAAAAUGAAGUGAUUCUAUUGUCAAAUGCAACUUGAUGUCAAAAGACCCUGAGAAGCUAUUGUAUCAUAUGAAGAAUAAUCAUCUCUGUCUAGAAACACUGUAAUAUCACAUAUGAUCUCACAUUGAUAACUGACUAGAAGGACCAAUAAUCAGCCAAUACCAAGGCUGAUUUAAGGGAAUAAGAUCCCCUUAUGUUUAGUUUAAAUGUCCCUCUUGAUGUAUCAGGCUUAUGGCAUUGUGGACAAAUGUGAUUUUUCAUAAGUCAAAUUUCCAGAUUAUUUGUUAGUUCUCAAAUUUUUGAGAAAAAUUUUUUUAAUGGUAGCAAAUAUUUCCCUUCCACUUUAAAUAGAGUGCACAACAUAUCAUAGAAUCUUUCUGGAUGAUUUUGUGUCGUUACAGUAAUUAUAUUGUGCUACAAUACACUGAUAUCUUCAGGAUCUCCAGAAAGGUGGGCGGCAGCUUGCCCCUACACUAAAUGGUCUCAAUUACAUUUGGAUUUUUUUUCUGUCUGUUUAACACAUUUUUCCAUCUCCUCUUAAGUGUCUGUCUAUCUCCAACUAUGUUCCUGCUCCUCUCUUUUAAUCUGUUAUGGAGAGAAGCUAAAUAAAAAUGCUACAUAAAAAGAAGCUAAAUAAGAGAAAUUGUGCAUAAGGUAAGGGUAACUGAGCUCUGAGUGGCCGCUGAGGCACUCACAUAAUUGUAAUCAUAGGCAAACAUUUAUGGAGGGCCUACUGUGGACCAGGUUUUGGGCUUAAUGCUUUACAUGAAUUGUUCUGAGCAAGAUAUUCUGUGACAUCUGCCUUGACUACUCAGAGGAUUUAAAUACGUGUGUGUGUGUGCAUGCGUGUGUGUGUGUGUGUGUGUGUGUUGUAUACUUUGUUAUUGACUAUGAUCUGCAAAGUCAAAGUUACUCAGUGAGUGAUAUCUAAUAGGUACAUGUUUAUGACUAUAGAUAAUAUUUAAGAAAAUGUAUGUUUACUUUUUUGAGUUUGGGAUUUCUGACUGUAUUUCUCCUGCACAUGCACAUUCCAGACCUAAGCAUAGUUGUUCUGUGGGUCAUUUGUCUCUGGUGUCACGGCCCCUCCUCACAGAUGCCCACUCCAUUAGGGUACACAUGGCCUCCUUCAGCCACAAAGGGAUAUUUCUGCCAUGCAUCAGCCUCAUUCCCCCACCUUCCACUCAUCAAAAUAUGUAUGUCCCUUUCAAGUCAUUCCUUCAAAGGAAUAAUUAACCCUUCUCUGGAUACAACAGAGUUUUGUGGAAAGAGAACUGAAUGAGAAGUCAGGAGAUUAGAAUUCUAAUUUUGAAGAUUUUAUUUAUUUAUUUUUUCCCCCCAAAGCCACAGUAGAUAGUUGUAUGUCAUAGCUGCACAUCCUUCUAGUUGCUGUAUGUGGGACGCGGCCUCAGCAUGGCCAGAGAAGCGGUGUGUCGGUGCGCCCCGAGAUCCGAACCUGGGCCGCCAGCAGCGGAGCGCGCGCACUUAACCGCUAAGCCAUGGGGCCAGCCCUGGAAUUCUAAUUUUGACCCAGUCACUAAGUAGCCAAGUGACCUUGGGCAAAUAAUUUCCCAUUUUUAGAUCCUGCUUUCUUCUUUUGUUAAAUGAUUAUUUUAGAAUCUUAUGUUCAUUGUGCUGUGAAUGUACAUAUGAAAUGUGUAUGUACUGGUUGCUAUGAGUCAAGAUGUGUCACAUUCUCUUUCAGCAUAUGGAUUUUUUUUGUUUUUUUUGGACAAGCUAACAUCUUCCCUCAGCCUUCCUGGUGAUUCCUGCAAAAGCAGUACCACUUGUUACUUAGUGAUUCCUAUUUAGGGAAUGGCUUAAGGGAUCCCAAUCUUGAUCCAAAUCAUAAUUUGUUCUUAAGCAUACUGGGCAGGUCCCCUAUUUUAAACCAUAAUUUUGUAUUUAGUGCUUUCCUGGCUCUCAGAGAGUAUUAAUAUUGAUAUUAAUAAUAUAGCUAAUAAUAAUAUUGAUAUUUACAUGGAAACAAAUAAAACAACUCAGU